UGUAUAAGAGCCUUUCAUAUUAUUGUGAAUGGUACAUACAGAUAAUUUAGUUGUCAAGUUAAAACAGAAGGCUCCAGUUGUUUUUGUUUACUAAAAUAUAUUGUUAUAAAUAAUAGAAUUACGGUAUUGUUUUUUUUAAAUCUUAAUUAAUUAUGCCUAAUAAAACUCCAAGUCCUACAAAAACUUGUGAUACAUCAAAACGGAAAAAUACAAGUGGAUGUAGUAACUCCUCCAUAAGUAGCAGGACUCGUAAACGAAAGCGUGAAAUGGAAAUAACUGAGAGCGAUCUAGAAUCUGAACUGGAAGAUUGUAAUAUGAAAGAUGUUAUAGAAAUUGAAACAAGGCUCAGAAAGGUAGCACGAAAAAAAUCUCUCACUGAAGAAGAAAUGAAAAAACUUUUACAGAAAAUUAUAAAAAAUGAACACAUUCUUGCUCUAGUAACAUUGAAAGCAGAAGAUCAAUUAUCACAGGAACGAAAAGAGAAAGAUAAGUGUGCUAUUGUUGUUACUGAUACGCCCGUCGUUCCAAAGCUGACACGUUCUAAGGCACGUGAACUAAUAAAAAAGAUACCACAAUCCGUAAAAUUGGACGAUGCAUCAUUGGAGCCAGAAAUACUUAAGCUAAUCAGAGAUGAUUUACAUUCAGAUGAAGAUGAUGAGGAUUUCACACCCAGAGAUGAAGAAGAACUUACCUCUGAUGAUGAACCCAAUACUACUGCGUCUGAGAUCGACUCUAAUCCCUGUACCCCACAAACUCCAUUGCCUUAUACAGAGCAUGAUGAAUCGCCAGUUAAAUUAACUGAUGAUGGAUGCUUUAAAAUACCAUUAGAUAAAACCAAUACAGAGCCUCUAAUUGCUGCACGUACUAGAUCGAAAUUAUGUUUGGAAAAAACAACUUUAGAAGAUCUGGAGUCGCAGUUUAUUCCACCCGAUUUGGAGUAUUUAGAUAUAGAUGUUAUUGAUAUGGAUAAUCAUAAAAAUGAUAAACCUUGGUUUGAAUUUCUAAACGAGUUCACAAAACCUUUAAAUGACAAUAAUACCGCUGACGAUGACGACCCUGUUAAUGAUCCUGAAUAUGUUGCUGCGGAAAGAGUGCGCGUUGACUCGGAGGAAUUACGAGACAUAGAAAUUUCAAAAAAAGAAGUUAAUGAUUUGCUUACUGAGUUAUAUGAAAGUUUUAUUGAAGAGGGUAUUAGCCUCGAAAAUAUAGAUUUUGGUCCUGUUGAUGAUGUACCAGUAAUGAAUGGAAAUAAUAUUGCUUAUAAUGAAAACACAUUGCAAAUAACUGAAACAAUUUGUACGAACACUCAACCUGACCAACAGUAUAUAUAUAGUGAACCUCUUAAUGCUAAUGUUACAGUUCAAAAUGAUAAUACAUUUCGACCGAAUGUGAUGUCUACUCCCAGCACAAACAUUCCAAUAGUGUCAGAAUUUACUGAAGCGGCAGGUAUUCCUGUAGUCUCAUAUAAUUCUUCGCCGCUUAAAUCUUUUGCAGCUCCUUCCACUUCAUUAGUUACCGAUACUGAUAUGAUUGCUAUACCAAUACCUGGAGAACCCGAAAGUUAUAGACUUGUUAAAGUUGUUCCUCUUGAUGAGGUUAUUGUUGAACAAUAUAAUGAAGAAGACUAUACAGAUUCGCAAAUUAGAAAGUACGGUAAACCUUAUGACAAUAAUUUCACUUUUGAGUAUAUAUCAAUUAAGCGUCACAUUUUCUCUGAAUAUGAAAAAAAAUUUGAGAAUUUACGUCACGCGGUGCGCCACUCUCCAAAAAAAUUAGAUGAAGGCAAAAAAGGUUUGACAAAGGAGCAAUAUGACAUCUUUCAACAACAAUUGCGCAUACAUGUACAAUUUUUAACGCAAACAUAUUUGCAAGUUUACAGUCAUCCUAUAUUUUGGAAGAAAGGAGAAAAAAUCAAAUCAAUGCUAGAGGAACUCGAAACAAAAUCUAAAACUAACUCAACAUUUAAUGCUUGGAAUUUGUAUGGAGCUCUAGACUUGAUUAAAAAUUGGCAAAAUGAAUUAGCUAAGGAUACCGUUGAAAAUAAAGAAAUGAUGGAAUUUAUACAUAAAGAAAUUGAUCAAACUAACAAAUAUACACGUCAAGUUACUCGUUUUCCACCACGUAUUAUGGACUUAAUAUUGGACAGCAAUGUUUUUAUGUAUCCUCAGUAUUUACCACGCAUUCCAUUUGGAGCUCGAAGUAUUGGUUACAACGUAUUCGCACCAUCAGAGUCUAUUCUGAUCGCAAUGGGUUUAGAUAAACAUUUGUCUUUAAUAAAGCAGAAUAAAGAGAAAUUUUCUAAAAAAAAGGCUCUUGAGAUGGUUGCAUGUGAACGUCUUGUUAAUGAUAUUGUUUUUGGGAAGACUGGAAGACGUGUUUAUGAUUACAUUAAAGACUUAAGAAAGAGCAACUCCUAUAAUCCUGUCAAGUAUUUUUUUGAGAACAUGAGAGCUCCACCAAUUGAACAUGAUUUGAUUACGUUUCCAAAUGGAGUUGUAUUACCACCAAAGGACAGAUUUCAGGAAUUACCAUUAGCUUGGCAAGAUCAUAUUAAAACGAAAAAUCAACCAAUAAAAAAGAAGGCGAAACAGAAUCAGAAAGUAUCUUCAGAGGCAGGAGUUUGCUAUUCAGACUUUGUACGUGAAAUUCUUGGGGAUACAAUCGAGAUUACAAAUGAGGACUUUACUGACACUGAGUCUGAUAAUAAUGCGGUAAUUGAAAAUAUAGAAAAAGCCGUAAGUAAGGUGCCUAAUGAAAACAGUCCGAGUGUGAAGGCUGUGGCACAAACUACGUCGCCAAAUUCGUUGACUAUAAAUGUAAAUUAUAUGUUUGGGGACGCAUCAUUGAAUUACAAUUCAGCAACAAAUAAUCGAAGCUUAUACAAUGUUAGUGAUCCAUUUAAUGUUGCUUCAGCAUCAGUUCUAGCAUUAAAAGAACAAAAUAAAGUAAGCAAUUGUACAGCAGUACAAAAUCUAGCACCGGACGCUUCAACAGUUACAUACAGUUUUGAUAUUAAUGGAGUAGCCAUACCGUCUACAGCGUCAGUUGAAAAUAAAAUUACUAACUCACUUCCAGACCUAAACGAUAACGAUAUAGCUGAGCAGCCUCAAAUUAACAAAUCGUCGCAACAGUUAAGAUUUAUAGCAGCAACAAAUAGAGACUGCUUUUAUUCAUCAAAGGCCAAGAUUAAAAAACGUAAAAAGUAUCUGAGGAAUUGUGUAAAUAAACGUAAAACAAUAAAAUAUGUGAAGAGAAAGUGUAAAAAACUCCUGAAACAGUAUCAGGUAAUUUUAAAGAAACAUAAGACACGCUACGAAAAUGUGACUGCGGUGCAAAACAUCUACAUAAAAGUGAAGGCAUUGGAAUUAUAUUCAGACUUAUUAGUCGAACUCAGAAUGUUUUGUCAGGAUGCUGCCAACAAUCACACAACUACGCUGAAUAAUAACGCUACUAGUACGAAAAGAAGCCGGGGUGGAACUGAUGAAGAUGCUGGCACUACAGGUCGGAAUAAAAAGUUAAAUAAACAGGAAGAGAAUUUAAGACAAAUGCUUUUGCCUGAAAGCGCAGAAGUUACAAAUCGUAAAGACGCAAUUUAUGCUUUUAAUUUUUAUGAGAAAGUUGAAGAAGUAUUUCUAGCGGCUGGUAGACACGAAGACUACAAGACCUUUAAUGAAAUUUUGAAAUCUUUCGAUCCAAGCCGUGACAAAGUUGCUGAAUUAUAUCACAAAAUGGAGAAUUUAUUCUUACCUGAUUAUCCAGAGUUGGCUGAAAUAUUUCUUACAUUUUUAAUGCCAUCUGAAGCAGCUGAAAUUGGAAAAUUCUUUGAACAUUUUAUGAUAACUAAUAUUACAACUUUUGUUAAUAAAUUAAAUAUAUAUUUUAGCAAGCAACCAGCACAAAUACGUAAGAUUUAUAAUUGCUUGAAUGAAUUAGCAGAAGAUAAAAAUGUCACAAUUAAACAAAUUGAAACAAGAAUUGUGCCCCUACUUAGAGGCAAUCAGUUUUUGAUUGAUUGGUUUUUGAAACAAUUUCCUGAUGCAAAACCUCCAGAAAGUCUGUACACAUCAACGGAACAUGUUAAUUUAAAAGAUAUUGAGAAUAAUCAGAAUGGAGAGUUUUAUGAAACCAUUUCGGAUUUACUUGAUUCGCCAAAUAAUGAUCAACCACCAGCAUGUCAACUACGAUAUAUAAACGGACGUAUAUUUUAUGGUGGAAAGAUUGCAUUGCCGGCCAAACUAACAUUUAUGGCUACUAAGUACACUAAUGCUGAUGCGGACAGUGAUAAUGAUGAUACUCCAGUACAAAAUAUUGGGUGUGUACACGCUAUUUCUGCCGAAUGUGAAAAACAAUUAGCGGCAAAUCCAAAUCCCGAUAAUGAAGUUCCGAAAAAUGCCAACGAAAUUUCUAACUGCAAAAUCGAAGAGGAUAUAACUGACAAUCUUAUAAUUGAUAUAGUCGAUCAAAAGGAAUUUUUCUCAACCCCAACAGAAAUCUGUGAUAGCGCCACUUUACACGCACAUACAUUACGUCUCAAUCCCAAUUAUUAUGCAGCAAUGACAAGCACACCAAAUACUGGGCAUACUCAAGUUCAUCAGCCUAAUGCGAAGAAAACUUCAUUAAUUACAAACGACGAAAGCAAAUUAUCUCCCAGAAAGCAUUCGCCUAAAACAUCCACAACAACAAACAUAACCAAUACUGCACGUGAAAAACGAAAAUCACCUACCAAAAAAUGCAAGUCACCCGUUAGAACACAAACAGAAACAAGGCCUUUCGUUAUAUUACCGAGCACAAGUUCAGCUAUUGCUUGUGCAAAAAAACUAAAAGAUUUAGUUAACAGUGGUGAUGGAACUGAACAUAACAAUGAUGAACAUGAAGAUCUCGAAUGCCAACAGCACUAUGACAUAUUAGUAAAUACACAAAGUAAAAUAACUACGGGUAUUUCCGCUGAUAGUGUGGACUAUGCUCAAAUUAUACCAAAAACUGAAGUUUUUUCUGAUAUGGAAUUUUUGUCCGAAAGCUCGACUUGUUCAUAUUCAUCACCCUGUAAGCAAACAGAAACAAAUAAACAUGAAACAGAAUCGUGCAACAGUGAUAAAGAUUCUAAUUUGGACGUAGUGGCUACCUUAGCUACUGGAUCGGAUAAAGGUAAAAUACUUACCGAAAAAGAAACGACUGAUAAAAAAACAACUAAUAGCGCAUCCUGGACCCGCGAUGAAGAUAAAAUUAUUUUAGUUGAAAUGUCAUCGCUACAAAAAGAUGAUCUGUAUAAGCGUAUAAGCGAAAAACUGACCAAUAGAACUAUUCAAGAAAUACAGGAGCGACAUAGUUUUUUAAUUAAUUUCUUGACACAACUGCAAGCAAUAUGAAAUCAUUUUGUUGCAGAAUUAUUACUUGGUAUUGUAAAUAAUUUUUAAAUGUUGUACAAUUAAUAAGCAUUAUUUUUAAGUAUUAUAUUAUGACAUGUUUAAGAAAUUACUAAAAGUCUGUUUCAGAUAAAUUGUUAAGAAUUUCAAUAUUUUUUAAUAAUCCAAUCGUUCAUUUUUAUAUAACAGUAUUUCUUGUCCGUAGUUAAAAAUUUAUCUGGCAAGGUACAAAUUUGUUUGGCUCAUCUUUAUUCUGCAAGAUUAUAUU